AUGGAAAGACUCGUGCAAAGGCAAUUUUGGAUGAUAUUUAUCAUUGCUCUGCCUUUCGCAGGACUUCGUCGAUUUCCACAAGGAUGUGGAUUCUCUCAAUGGACAGGCGACGACUCCAAGGCCCUCAUGAAAGUUUAUCUCUCUGCAAUCGAGGAACAUGUCCCCCAAGAUAUUAUCCGGUGUUUUUGGGCCUUCCUCAAAUUUUGUUACAUUGUGCGACAAGACAUCAUCACAGAGGACACCCUUGUACAGCUUUCUGACUGUCUUGAACACUUUCAUCGUUAUCAGCAAAUUUUUCAAGAUACUGGUAUUCGAUUCGAUGGAUUCUCACUGCCACAUCAGCAUGCACUGUGUCAUUAUUCGAUGCUCAUCUGUUUGUUUGGUGUUCCGAAUGGAAUAUGCUCCUCAAUAACCGAAUCCAAACACAUCAAGGCUGUCAAGGAGCCAAUGUUCCCCUCAGUGCAUGUCCAAGCCAGUUUUUAUGCACCAAGUGACCCAAGUGGUGUUGGUGGAAUGCAGUGUGAAUACAUUCGUGCGGCACCAUCAUGGCGUCAAGGCCCCACACAUAACAACACUGUCUUUGUCAAUACUGCCAGCAAGGAUGGGAUCAAUGGGAUGGAAGUCUGUUGUGUCUUGUGUUUCUUUUCAUUCCAGCACAGUCAAAAGACGUUCCCCUACGCCCUCGUCCACUGGUUCAAGCUGUUACAAGAACAUCUUGAUGCUUGGGCCCCUACUAUUUUUCUCCUGAUCCUCCUCGUAUCAGCCCUCACAUCACACCCUUACCCCGACCUUACUCUCGUCAUACUGGUCAUCCUCGCAUUCCCCUUCGCCCUCUACCUGUCGCUGCAGCAGAGCCAGUACAUCUGGCCGGAUCCUUUUGCUGACGAAGCAUACCCAUGCUCCGUUCCACCUCCUGACUGA